GAUAAAACCAAGACUGGGAGGCUUCAUCUGCCGCGAAACACAUAACUCCCUGCAGGAAUUUUUUUUUUCUAACUGAAAAAUCGUGAAAAAAACGGGAGUACUGGAUACCGGGAGGACGGCAUGGGAGAACACACGGCGUUUCUGCUGUUACUGGUGGCGACCUUGACGCUCUCAUCCGAGGUUCCUGAUGAUGACUCUGUGGGUUUGCUUACUGAGCCCCAGGUGGCCAUGGUCUGCGGGAAGCUUAAUAUGCACAUCAACGUGCAGAGUGGCAAAUGGGAGUCUGACCCCUCUGGCACCAAGAGCUGCAUAGGCACCAAGGAGGGCAUCCUGCAGUACUGCCAAGAGGUGUAUCCAGAGUUGCAGAUCACAAAUGUUGUGGAGGCCAAUCAGCCCGUCAGCAUACAGAACUGGUGCAAGAAAGGCCGCAAGCAAUGCCGCAGUCACACACACAUUGUGGUGCCAUAUCGCUGCCUGGUUGGGGAGUUUGUGAGUGAUGCCCUGCUCGUUCCUGACAAGUGUAAGUUCCUGCACCAGGAGCGUAUGGACCAGUGUGAGAGCCACCUGCACUGGCACACUGUAGCCAAAGAGUCCUGCGGAGACCGCUCCAUGAAUCUCCAUGACUAUGGGAUGCUGUUGCCAUGCGGUAUUGACCGUUUCCGCGGGGUGGAAUUUGUCUGCUGUCCGGCGGAGGCGGAACAAGAGUCGGAUAGCGUGGAGCUAGAAGGAGAGGAGUCAGACGUCUGGUGGGGCGGAGCUGAGACUGAAUACACCGAUAACAGCAUGUUGCGUGAGGCCGAUACAGAGCCAGCCACCACUGAGGAUGAUGAAGACGAAGACGAAGAGGCAGGGACUUAUGAAAGGGAUGAGAACGGAGAUGGUGAAAAUGACGAGGAGGACGAGGAAGACGAGGAGGAUGACGUGAUCAACGAACGGGACAGCGAUGAGCGCAUUGCUAACAUUGCUAUGACAACUACCACCACCACCACCACUGAGUCAGUUGAGGAAGUCGUUCGAGCGGUUUGUUGGGCACGUGCUGAGUCAGGCCCGUGUCAUGACAUGCUGGAGCGCUGGUACUUCGUGCCUGAAAAGGGCAGCUGUGCUCCCUUCUUGUUUGGGGGCUGUGGGGGCAACAGGAAUAACUUUGACACGGAGGAGUACUGCCUAGCUGUCUGCAGCAGCUCGUUGCCCACCAUGGCUCCCAGUCCUCCAGAUGCAGUGGAUCAGUACCUUGAAUCUCCUGGGGAUGACAAUGAGCACACUGACUUCCAGAAGGCAAAGGAAAGCCUGGAGGCGAAGCACCGUGAAAAGAUGUCCCAGGUGAUGAGGGAGUGGGAGGAGGCUGAGAGGCAGGCCAAGAACCUUCCUCGUGCUGACAAGAAAGCUGUCAUCCAGCACUUCCAGGAGAAGGUGGAGGCUCUGGAGCAGGAGGCAGCAGGAGAGAGGCAGCAGCUGGUGGAGACACACAUGGCCCGAGUGGAAGCUCUGCUCAACAGCCGCAGGCGCUUGGCUCUGGAAAAUUACCUCAGUGCCCUGCAGGCUAACCCUCCACGGCAGACUCGUCAGGUGUUGAGCCUGCUGAAGAGGUACAUCCGUGCAGAACAGAAGGACCGGCAGCACACGCUGAAACAUUAUGAGCACGUCCGCACAGUUGACCCCAAGAAGGCCGUGCAGAUCCGACCUCAGGUUCUGACGCACCUACGUGUGAUUGAUGAGAGGAUGAAUCAAUCAUUGGGUCUGCUCUACAAAGUGCCCAGUGUGGCUCAUGAGAUCCACAACCAAGUCUCGGUCAUAGUGCAGAGAGUUCAGGCCGAGCUGUCUCAGCAAGUCUCCUCCCUGCAGAGCGAUGGGCGGGUGGACGGCAGGGUGAGUUACGGUAAUGACGCUCUGAUGCCUGAUCAGGCCUACAGCUCUGCUCCCAUGGAGCCUGGCCUUGACGGACUCGGCUUUAUCCAUCCUGAGAGCUUCAAUCAGCCUAACACAGAGAAUCACGUUGAACCUGUUGAUGCUCGCCCUGUUCCAGAUCGAGGGCUCCCCACACGACCUGUUUCUGCCCUAAAGCCAGAAGAGAUGCCAGAAGUAAGGAUGGACACUGAAGAGAGGCAAAGUGCUGGUUACGAAGUUCAUCACCAGAAACUGGUCUUUUUCGCCGAGGAUGUGGGGUCCAAUAAAGGUGCCAUUAUUGGGCUUAUGGUUGGAGGGGUUGUCAUAGCCACCGUCAUUGUCAUCACCUUGGUGAUGCUGAGGAAGAAACAAUAUACUUCUAUUCAUCAUGGCGUAAUUGAGGUGGAUGCAGCGGUGACCCCAGAGGAGCGUCAUCUGGCCAAGAUGCAGCAGAACGGUUAUGAGAACCCCACCUACAAAUUCUUCGAGCAGAUGCAGAACUAAAGAACUGCUCAACAACAACAACAACAUUUUCUUCAGGCUUAUCACAACCCCUCACUCUCACUGAUAGGGUCUGUUCCAUUCUGGUCCCUUGCCCUUAGCCCUCUCAUCUCUAGUUUCUCACCCUGUUAAGGGCGAGGGACAGGUGUAGGGAGUGCUGCGCAGGCUGAUCUUUAUCUUGCUUGAAAGUUAGAAAAAGAAACCAGUUUAUGCCUCAGGGGUUUGGGUUAGAGGAAACUGAUAUGGAACACACUUCUUAAUCCCUGUCCCUUGAUUGUACAAAGCAACACUUGAGCAUAAAUUUACCUGCAAUUUGUCAGACAAGGGUACCCUGUUUCACCCGCACAUUUCAGCCAAAUCACAAAUGAAAACUUUACAGUGUUCGUACUGGAAAAUCCAACACCCUGUUGACUAUUUAUAUGGAGUCAUUGCAGAACUGCGCUCACAGCUGAGACCAGCAGUUCAAUUCCCAGUUACUGCCUCAUCGCUCAAAUUCCAUUUUCCUCAAGCUGCCCCACACAAGUCAACUCCCCUUCUCUCAAAUGACAGCUGUGCUGUGUUUGAUGACAUACCAGCUCUUAGAGCUGUAAACCAGAGGAGGAGGGGCUCUCAGAGCACCUUCUCUACAAGAAUAAAGCCCAAGUGUUUCAGGUUUUUUUUCUAAAAAGGAGAAAAAAAAUGCAGAAAACAUAUACAGAAUCAAAAUAUGUAAAUGUUAAAAAUAUUGAAUGUUGUUUUCUGAUUUUUUUUAAUGUGUAAUAUAUUAAGACAGAGAUUCGCUGUAAGUAUAUGUAGUGCAUGGCAAUAUUGAUGACAGAUACAGUAUACUGUAUGUUGAGGGCCACAGGAGCGGUCCUCUUACUAGAUAUUUUAGCAGGAUUGUACAUUUCUAGUGUCUUCUUUGUGACCUUGUGAUAUGAAGAAGAAAAGAGUAUUCAGAAUCUGGUCUGCUUUGUCGUCACACAGACUUGCUUUAACUGAAUCUUUGCUUUAUGCUCAUCUCCAUGCUUCACUGUUGUGUUAGCUGCAUGGGCAAAAUACUCUAUAUGUAAUAUAUGAAGUGUAAUUGUAUCCGAAAGGAAGAUGAUUGUGUUACUGUUUGCGUUUUAUGCACUCUGUCAUUUUGGAAGUCUGAUUAUUAUCACCAAAUAUUAUUGCUGUUAAGUCCUUGAUGCCAAUUCCACUGUCAUUACACAUUGGGGUUUUUAAUAGGAUCAGGAUAUGACUUCAGAGAGGAGAUGGAUGGAAGAGAUUUUACUUGGGUCAGAAAGAAUCAUUCCAGAUUUAUCAUUCCACUGUUUCUCUUGAUUGUAAAUAUUCAGAUGGAGCUCCAACUCUCAGUGGCCCAGUUUAAUUAUCAAGCCUUUUCCUGCUCGUGUUUAUGCGUUUGUCAGUUUUUCCUAACCCCCAUCUCUCAUGUUUAUCCUCUUUUUAUCUGGCUGUGUCAGCAAUAUUUUUCAGUGCAGCACUUUGAGACUCUGUGUGUGAGUAUUUGAUAAAUCGACGGGAUUUGAUGGGCCUACACAGAUCAGAACAGUUUUCCAGAUGGUCCCGUCUCCUCUCACGCAUCGCUGGUACACAUUCCGUCACCAAAUCACAAACGCAUUCUAUUUUUCUACAUUUCCUGUGUAUACAUGUACAGCGCUUCAGUGACUGAUAUCUCCCUCCCUGCUUUACCUGUUCAAUUUCUGAAAAGUCCUCAUGAAGAGGUGAAGAGUUACCAUUACAUCAGCACAGAGACACACAUCCCUAACCCUAAAUUAAGUUAUUAAGGCAGUGAACAUGAAUGUGACAUGCAUUUAUACCAUAGAAAUACAACACAUAUCACCUCUCUACACCAUAUCCACACAUGUACAGUCACACUAGAAGCUCUUAAUCAGAUGAAUGUUUAACAUUUGUACUGAUGCUCACUCUAGGUGUCUCUGGAGGCUUGUGCUAAAAUAUGAUGCCCCCCCCCCCCCACACUCAUUGAUUCAGUGACCUUCCUCUGUGUAGUUAAAUAAACCAUUUGCUUAGAGUAAGAAGCUUUCUACACUCACUAUACCAUGAAUAAAAUUUUGAAUGUA